UUCUUGUGUAGGUUCGCAUUGCCUUGCCCCUCCUUUUGUCCCCACCUCCCCUUUUGUUUUGUUUAAUGUUGGCCAUUGAUGCGGUUGGGUGAGAGGUUUCCUGGGCCAAAGUAGAGAGAGAAAGUGCUGCGUGUGUGCUUGAGAGAGAGAGAGAUGUUCUUCAUCCAUAGAGAGAGAAUUUCGUGAUUCCCCUCUUUGAGCGCUCCAAGAACAUGUUGUUCAUUGGCUUCAGAUGCAAUGCACAGGUUGACAACAACUGAGCACUCUACAGUAUCAGGCUCAGAAGUUCUUCCCGGGGCAUGACAUAUUCCUGACAACACAAGACUCUGGAGACAUGGGAUGUGCUGCUUCCAGAUUGGAAGAUGAGGAGGCUGUUAAGAUGUGCCGGGACAGGAGGGACUUCAUCAAGCAGGCACUGGAGCAGCGAAACCGUUUUGCGUCCUCUCACAUCGCCUACAUCGAGUCCAUGAAAUGUGUUUCGAUGGCCCUACAGAGGUUCGUCGCUGGAGAUGAUCGGCACGAGCUCAUUUUUGACCCAUUCAUCUCUCCUGUCAAGCAACAGAAGCCAGAGAUGCUCGGCCUUCCUUAUGGUUCGUAUGAGAAGAGGACUGUUCAUGUCGCCAAGUACUUGAUGUCAGGACCAAACCCAUCAGUGUCAGUUGAAGAGGCUCCACGGCCCGUGGAAACAAUCCGUGUUGAGUCACAUUACCCUGUGGAUAGCUAUGGUGGCACAGAUAGAUCCUUCCCGGCGACUUCCUCACCGAUGAGGCCAUCUUCUCACUAUACACCUUAUGACAGGCCAAGCUAUGUACCUCCAUUACCCCAGGAACCAGUGAGGAAUGCUUAUUACAUGCCACCUUAUGAGAGGCCAAACUACGCACCUCCAUCAUCCCAGGAGCCAGUGAGGAAUUCUUCUUAUUACAUGCCACCUUAUGACAGGCCAAACUACGUACCUUCAUCACCCCAGGAUCCAGUGAAGAAUUCUUCUUAUUACAUGCCACCUUAUGCUCCACCACCCCAGGAGCCAGUGAGGAAUUCUUAUUACAUGCCACCUUAUGAGAGGCCAAACUACGUACCUCCAUCACCCCAGGAGCCAGUGAGGAAUUCCUCUUAUUACACGCCACCUUAUGACAGGCAAAGCUAUCCACCUGCUCCACCCCAGGAUCCAAGGAGGACAUCUUAUUACGCAUCUCAUGACAGGCCAAACUACCCACCCUCAUCACCCCAGGAACCAGAAUCAUCACCGUGGGACUCCUUCUGGAAUCCAUUCUCGCCGCUGGACAGCUAUCCGUACCCGCGCCCUCGGAGUAGCUAUGACAAUGUGGUCACUGACGAUGAAUUGGCACGGUUACAGCAGGUAAGAGAGGAGGAAGGAAUCCCAGAACUCGAAGAGGAAGAUGAUGAAUGUCAAAAACAUGAACAAAUGCACAACAAAGAGGGGGAGGGGGAGGGGGAGGGGGAGGAGGAUGAUGAAGAAGAAGAAUCUGAUGAGGAUGAUGAUGAAGAAGAAGAAUCUGAUGAAUGUGAGCAUUCAGAUGACCAAAGAUGUAUGGCUUCUAACGAGGCUCGCCCAGGAAAAUCUGAAGUCAAUGUCAAGCAAGAACAAAAGGGACAUCAAUCCAAAGGUGUUCAAUGCGCAGGCUCAUCCGAGCCCCGAAAUGCAGUAGACCAUGAGAUCAAGGCACAUAAGAAAGAACUAAGGAGGAACAAAGUAGCAAAUGCAGAAGAAACCCCAGGUUUCACUGUGUAUCUGAACCGAAGGCCAACGAGUUUGGUCGAGGCUAUGAAAGAUAUUGACAGUCAGUUCUUGGGGAUCUGUGGCGCUGCUCAGGAAGUCUCACGGAUGUUGGAGGCAAGUCGAGCUCAAUACCCAACCUCAAAUGAUCUCUCUGUAAAGAUGCUAAACCCAGUCGCACUUUUGCGAUCUGCAUCAAUUCGAUCAUCAUCUUCCCGCUUCCUUCUUGCUUCCUCUGGCUCAAUAGAUGAUCUUUUUGACAAUGAUACAAACAGCUGUUACUCUGAAGAAUCUUGCAGCACAAUGUCUGGAAGUCAUCACUCCACUCUGGAUAGACUGUAUACAUGGGAGAAGAAAUUAUACAAAGAAGUGAAGGUGGGUGAGCGAUUAAGACUUGAGUAUGAGAAGAGGAUGGCACAUUUGCGGAGCCAGGAUGUGAAAGGGGAGGAGCCUUCUUCUGUCGAUAAGACUCGUUCAGCGUUGAGAAGCUUACAAACUCGGAUGAAGGUGUCAAUACAAACUGUUCAGUCAAUAUCAAGAAGAAUUGAAGUUCUAAGAGACGAGGAGUUGCACCCUCAACUUAUGGAGCUUAUCCAAGGACUGUCGCGGAUGUGGCGAGCCAUGGCUGAACGCCACGAGGCUCAGAAGCGGACCAUCGACGACGCCAAGCUUCUCUUCCUCCAACACCGCGCAUCGGCGGCGACCACCAUGGCUCUCGGUCCUCCAGAGGCGACGACACCGCCUCCUGCCGCCAUCGCCCUCGAGUGCGAGGUGCGAGCCUGGCGUGGAGCCCUGGACGCCUGGCUGUUGGCGCAGCGCGCGUACGCGCGCGCCCUGGCCGCCUGGGCACGACGCUGCCUUGGCAUUGGCGCGGGCGCCGCUGCGCCGGGCACCGUGCCCCCGGCGUUCCUGGUGUGCAUGGAGUGGGGGCUCGCCGUCGAAGCGGCGUCGGAGGCGCGGGUGAUGGACGGGCUGGACUUCUUCGUGGCCGGCGUCGGGUCGGUGUGCUCGGGAGCUGCCGCGGGCAUGGAGGGCAUGGCGGGGCGCGUGCUCUGCGCCGGCUUGGGCGCCGUCACAGGCGCCAUGGCCGAGUUCGCCGCGGCAUCGGCUGACGGGUACGACGCCGCGGUGUCGGCGGCGGUGGCCGCGCGCGCGCCGGAGGGCGGGGAGGAGGAAAACGCGGGAGGACCGCCGCAACAGUAGGAAAUUCCGCAAAACCGUGGAUAAAUUGUUUUUUUUUUGGAGUUGGAACCGUGGUGUUACAUGUAGCUAGGAAGUUGAAGCAUGCAGUCACAUGUGUAAUUUUGUAGCUAAAAAUGCAAUUGCAUGGCUGAUUAUUGGGAGGGAUGGUUCCCCCAGUUUAUACUAGCAGCAGUAGCAGUGUUACCUUAUCCCUGGUGUUUUUCGUCGUACUGAAGUCUGAAUGGUUUUUGGUAUUCUGAUGAUUUCUUUUC